AGUCAGGCAAAGAUGCCCAUAGAAGAAAUUAAAUAAAUGUCUGAGAGUGCGUGGAGGGUUCACUUUUAUACUUGACUCACACACACAAUGAAAAUGUCUCUGCGGAUGUCGUUCUCAGAUGAUUAUCCCUUUGUUUUUCGGCAACAAAUCCGAUCUUUCAGGGGUGAGGAUAGGAUCAGUCAAUUACCAGAUGCUGUUCUUCGUCACAUACUUUCCUUUGUUCCAACAACCAAAUGUGUUGUGAGAACCUGCAUUUUGUCUAAAAGGUGGAAGGACAUAUGGGCCUCUAUUCCCAAUCUAUACUUCCGUGAUGAAGAGUUCUCCUCUUCUGCUGAUUUCAUAGCCUUCGUUGAUCGUGUGCUUCUCCAUCGUGGUUCAUCAGCCAUUCAAAAGUUCCAUCUUCAUUUCAAUCGUUAUUGUGCUGAGGAUUUUUCUCGUGUUGAUAGUUGGAUUAGCACUGCCGUAAGGUGUAAUGUUGUGGAACUAGUCCUUUCUAUCGGUUCAGGUGGACAAGCGAUGUUUGAGUUGCCUCUAAGCCUUGUGACUUGCAAAACACUUGAGGUUUUGAGGCUGAUGAUGUCAUUGUUUAUCAUCAAUAAUGUGCCUACAUCAGGGUGUUUCCCAAGCCUGAAGUGCUUCCAUCUCCAUUUUACAGAUAACUAUGCUAAUUACACCGCGAUGAGGUUGUUUUAUUUCUCUGUGCUUGAACAUUUUACUAUAGAUGGAGAUCCUGGACCAAGUUUAUUGGAUCUCAACAUCUUUGCUCCUGAAUUGAAGACAUUAAGGAUAGAAUUUUCCAGUUCAAAUGAUAUGCAUAAGUAUUACAAUAUUGAUAUUGAUGCCCCGGAUCUUGAGAAACUUGAUCUCAAGGUGGGUUCUCUGUCAAAUUUUAGUUUGACGGAUACAAAGUCGCUAGUUGAAGCCGAUAUUAAACUCUGUUUCCAUCCCAAUGAAGAUUAUGUACAAGAGGACUCUGUUAGGCGUGAUACUGAGUUUCUGGCAGCAAUUUCUAUUGUUAAAUAUCUGUCUCUUUCCGGGAGUAUCUAUGAGGCUUGCUCUGUGCCUGCAUUUGAUAAUUUGAUCAAACUGAGGCUGGUUCAUUUUGGCGGCUCUCACUGGUGGAAAACACUAAUGAAGUUGCUCGAGAGAUCACCUAAUCUAGAAUGUCUUGUAAUAGACCACCAGAUCCAUCCAACCCGAAGACAGGUGGAAGUGGAGGUGAUUGAACUUGAUCCUGAGAAAGAAGAGGAGGUGAUUGAACAUACUGGAUAUGAAGUGUCAUUGAUUGAAGUUACAAAGUACACAAAAGUGCUGAACUGGAUUCCACCAAACUCUGUUCCCAACUGUUUGCUGUCGCACUUAAAGACCAUCUCCAUAAGGGGAUUCAGGGGAAAGGGUUGCAAUGGAUAUCUAGACGAGAUGGAAUUGACCAAGUAUCUGUUAAAGAAUGGUCGAGUUUUGGAGAAGAUGAUUAUUUAUACUCCUGGUGCAUUUCGAGAUACAAAAGAGGAUAUCUUCAACGAAACUUCUAUGAUUGAAUGGAGUUCUAAGGUUGUUCAAGUUGAAAUUAUUGAGAAGAUGUUUUAUGGGGAGUAGAGUGAUUCUGUGAUUAAAGGCCACUAAACUUCUGAAGCAUCUUCUCAAAGUUUAGUGGCUUCCCAUCUGUGACAAUCAUUUCAUUAGUUUUCCUUCUUUUCAUCUUUGCUUUA